AAUUGUUCUAAUUCUAAAGCAGUCACAUGCCUAUACACAUGAGAAACGAUAAGCGUAUAAUUAAGGAACAGUUUCGUUGGUAGUUAUAACAUUUAUAAGGAGAAACGGGUCCUUUUUAAUUACAAAAAUGAAACAUUACUGGUAUAAUGAUUCAUUUUCUUUGGCAAGUGAAAUCAUUAAAAAAUAACAAAAUGAAACAGGAAGAAACAGUUGUUUAUUUAUUUUAUUAACAUUAAAUCUUUAAACAAAAUAUUUCCAACGAUAUAUAAAUUAUUCGCCUAUAGGACUGUAGAAGUUAGUUGUUUAAUCAAUUUCUUUUAAACGUAUUAUCACAUCGUAAUAUAAGAUAUAGUUGCAAUCGUGUUGAAUGAAAAAUGGCUGCAAACGUAAAAACAGAAAUGCGAAUUCCUACACGUUCUGCCCCUCGUCCACCGAUUAAUCCAAAUUCGACGGCACAAAGAAACAUUAUUUGGAAUAGCACAAACAAUGUUUUUGGAUCUUCGUUAAUGCAACAACCUAUUCAGAAGAAAAAGCCACCACCUCGGCCACCACCGCCAAAAUUUAAUCAAAAUUAUUCGCAUACACAAAAGGAAAAGUCAAAAAAGCCAGUAAGGCCUACAGAACUUUUGACUAAUCUUUUCGGAAGAAAGAAAAGCGAACAUUCAAGCAUAACACAGUUAAAUAGUCAAAUACACAAUACGAUAUUACAAUCAGAAAACACAAAUGGACCAAUUUGUCUAAUAGAUUUUAGUCCACCUGGAUCUCCAACAUUUACGACUCGAUCAAGUAGUGACGGUGUUAGCAUUGAUAGCUUUGGCAGUGAUGGAAACUCAAAUCCAUCUGCAUUUACAAGUAGUGGGAACACAUCUCAAACAGAAAGUGCCUUUGAAGAUGAUUUUGAUUUUUUUGGAAUAUCUAAUAAAAAAGCAUCACAAAAUGAUCCAUGGAAAAUUAAUUCAAUAACAGAUCCAUUUGGACCAUUGGAAAUAACUAAUCAUAAUACGUUACAAUCUGGAAAACAUGUGGGGGAUGCAAGCUUUUUUGCUUUUAAUACAAAUAACCAAGCAUCUUUCAAUCAAACAUCUUUGAAAAGUACUCAAUCAAUGCCAACUAUAAUUCGCGCGAAACCACCCAAACCCCCAGCUCCAAAAGUUUUACAAACGAAAAUACAGCAAAAGAUUAACAACAUCGAAAUUGACUCAAGAUGUUCAAACAAAAUAGUGCCUUCUGCUAAACCAAUGACAUUAGAUUUAUCUAAUUCAUGGCAAAAUGAUUCUAAAGAUAACCCUUCACCUCCGAUGCCCACAAUACCACCACCUGCACCACCUCUGGAAUAUUUAGCAGAAAUAAAUAACGAUCUUUCAGUCAGCAAUGAAGAACCUUACGGCAUUGCUCUAUAUGAUUUUCCAUUAAUACAUGCGGACGAUUUGCCUUUCAAGCAAGGUGAUAUAAUAUAUUUAAUUAAGAAAAUUAAUGAAGAUUGGAUGGAGGGUAGAGUAGGAAAUCAACAAGGAAUAUUUCCUAUUAAUUUUAUUGAUAUAAAAGUACCAUUGCCUGGUGUCCCAGACAAUAUAGUUACCGCUAUCUACCCUUUUAAAGGUGAAACAUCAGAAGAUUUAGUAUUUGAUGAAGGAGAAAAAAUUAUAGUUUUAUCGAGGAUAUCACAAGAUUGGUUAUAUGGUGAGUGUAAAGAUCGAAAAGGACAAUUUCCGGUAAAUUACGUAAAUAGAAUCCCAUGCAAUCUUCCUUUACACUUGGAAAAUUAAUGUUUCGCAUGUUUUCUCGUAUUAUAAACGAUUACAUGUCAGUGAUUUCUAUAUUACUAAUUUUAUUCUUACGAAUAUUUUUGUAAUGGUAUUUUCAUGAAGCAGGGAAUGAAAAAUUUAGAAUUUAUUCAGUCAUAGAUACUAAAUGGAGACUAAAUUUGUAGAAUUUCUAUUUACAACAAGACUGAGUUAUAUGCAAGUAUGCAUUGCCUUGUGAAAGAGAAAGAAAGAAUUUCAAGAACAUAUUUUUACUAGAUUUUUAAAUUGGAUUUUUGAAAAUGAAAGAUUUACAUUUUGAAGCUUUUUACCAUCAAAAGGAUAGAGUAAUAUUACUUUUCAAUUUUUUCAAAAGUAACUAAUUUUUACGUCACUAAUAUUUAUAGAUAUGUCUUAAAUAUUAUUUUCCCGAAGAAAAUUAGUAAUACAAAUAAAACGUAUUUUACCAUCGUCAAAGUAUUCAAAUAUCAAGCAUUAAUAUUAUUCUUUAAUUGUGUAAUAUAUAUUUUUAUACAGCAUGACUCUUCUGCUAAUUAAGUUAAAGACAAUGCUGCCAAUCGUACAUCCAAGCGUGUACAAUCGUUUAUCAUCUCAUAUAUGUAUAUGUAUAAGUACACAUGAUAGCCUCUUUCCUAAACAGAGGCGGUACCGAUUCCUGGUAAUGAUGUUAACGUUAACGCUCUUCUGGUGUUAUAUACGUGUAGCGUCAAUACAUAUACGUAAUCUGUAAUGACAAAUGAUAAGAUAAUAUGUAUAUCUAUGAAAUGGUCAGCAAUAUUGUCUUUGGCUUAACUAGAGAGAUCAUCUCGUAAAUUAAAAUGCACUUAGUGCAAAAAUAUGAAAAAAUGUAUAUAUGAAACUUUGUAAUAAUUUCCUAUUUCUUAACAGAAAUUUCAAUAUAAUUACGCACAAAGUUGAAAUUGAGAUAUUUCAAUAUCAAAUUUCAGCAAAUCCUAUUUGCCUUUAUAAUUUAAACUUUAUUUAAGUUGUUAUUACUUAUGUAAUAGAGAAAGUAACAUUUCUAUUAUCAAUAUUUUUGAAUAACAUUUAUUUGUAAAUUUCUCUAACUGAUUAUUAAGUGUAGAUAAAUCCUAGAUUUAUUAAUAAAUUUAAUAAGUUAAUAUAUUUGUUUAAUAAAUAAUAAUUACAAAUAAAUAUUUAUACAAUAUGCAACAUAAUAUAAUUAACAUGUAAAACGAAUAAUUAUAUUUUUUCAUAUGUACAUAAAAUAUUUAAAACUUACUAGAUUUAAUGCAGGAUUAUAAUUAAACCUGUAAUGUUUCACUAUUAUUGUUUCAACAAUUAUUCUGUUUAACGUAUCCUAUAUUAUGUUAGAAUGAUCAAAAUUACAUAUUAAUUAGUAAAUGUAAUAAAAAGGUAACAACAAUUUUUCUAUUGAUAUACAUGUGUAUGUUAACUUCAUACUUAAAUAUGUUACAUAUAUCAAAUUGUAUUUUAUAAUAUGUAUUUAAAUUAUAUUUCGAUUUAUGUUUAGUAUAUGAAUAUGCAAUAUCCAUAUACUACACAUAUACUGAGCAUAUAUAUAGAAUCUGAGUAUGUCAAAUUUAAAUUAUUCAUUAUACUUAAAUAUCGCAUAUAGUAAUGUAAAUACUUAAUUACACAUUUAUUACAAUGAAACAUAUUUGCAAACCAAAUUUGUGCAUAUUUUAGUAAUUAAAAAAAGAAGAUAUAUAUUCUAAAACGUGUGUGCAUAUAAAUAGAUGUUCUUCAGUUGUAAUAUGUAGUAAAUUAUUUUAAAAUUUUUGGAAAUUUCGUAGAAGAUUUCAAUUGCAGUAUUAGCAAGCAAUAAUUUUGUCAAUUUUAUAAUUUAUAUUGGAGCCAGAUAUCCGAAUUAUAAAAUAAAUUUAAACAAACACAAUUAUAAUAAUUAUAGUUUGUUAUAUCUUCAUUCUUAUGAACAUAAAGUAGAAAAUUCUAGUUUCUAAACUUAUUUUAGCAUAUACAAUGUGAUAUUCGGUUGCAUUAGUAAUUAUUUUGGCUCUAGUUCUGAAAGAAAUCAGUGGUCGAUCGACAUAAAAUUUGGAAGGGAUUGAGGGAGGGAAGGGGAUGUAGAUCUUAUUUAAAAAUUUUUAUUUAUUUAUUUAUAUUUAUUCGUUUCCGAAAUAUUGAUAAAAAGACUUUCGAUGCUAUACAUAUAUAUAGCAACUGUUUUCGCUGUAGUAGUCGUCGUCGAAUGUCGAGUGCUGAUUGUCAAGUAGCUGAUAACGCAACAGCUAUAUCGACCUCAGUAUGUAUACGGUGUCCUAUCUAAAAUCCGUUCGCUGUUUUUAGACUAAGUUACGUUUUAAUCUUCGUGGUCGUAAAAUGUCGGGUUAAUAUACCGUGUGUGUGCGUGUUUGCGUGUCGUGUGUGCACUACAUAACCAGCGAUCAACCUUAGUUAUCAAACUAUAUAUAAAGAUAUCCUGUCGCCUUACAGCGGCCGGCUAGUAUUUGAUUACUUAAUCGGUUCAAAAAAUAAUUAAAUAGAAAAUAAAACAUCCUUUGGACAACUGAAGCUACAAUAACCUAUUUUACGGGGGACACCGUAUAGAUACUGAAGUGAUAUCGCUAUUGCAUCAUCGGCUAUUUGACAAUUGAGAAUAGGUACCAGAGAACAACUAUCAGCGAAGACGGUUGAUUAAUAAUUAGCAACAUCUAUAUAGACACCAUUCAAUAUAUAGUAUCGGAAGCUUUUAUUAAUAACUCAAAAACUAAUAAAUAGCCACAGCUAAAAUUUUAAAUUUGGGAUCCACCCCUCCCCUUCUCUCUCGCUCGUGCUCUCUCUCUCUCUCUCUCUCAAAUUUCGUAUCGAUUGGUCAUUGUGAUCUCUUUUAGAAGAACAUACAUCAUUUUUAUCAUGUGUGUAAAAUAAAUUAUUUAAUGUGAUACAUAAUAUUAAUAAUAUGAUAUACUUUCUAGAAAUAUGUAAUAGAAAAUUCAAGUUUUGUAAAUUAUGAAAAUAUGUAAUAAAAUUAGUGAAAAUAUAAACAAGGAAAAAUACUCCUACCAAAAGUGAUAUAAGUAAAGUGAUAAAAUUUGACAUGAAAUAUAUAACAGUGUACAUAUUCAAUAAAAAUAUGUGGAUAUACAAACA